GUCUCAAUUUUGGUUCAAGUGUACUGUAGACCUCAAAAUCCCCAAAAUGACGCAUCUCCUGCACUAGAGGCCAAAAAUAUUGAAAACAUCCCCAAAAUCGUCGAGAGCAAGACGCAGGAAAUAAUCGAGAAAAUAGCAGAAGUGAACAAAAAGCACGGAUUGGAACCGAAAAAUCAGAAACCCAACGGUACUCAGAACUCCCUCAGCGUGGCGAGAUCUCAGAAUAACGUUCUUGCAAAAGAAACACCUCGCAGCGAAUUCAGAUUUCCAACCAAUCCAUUUUCGAACCCCAUCUUGGAAUUUUUGGAAAGAGAAAAAGUGGACAAACGACAGGCCAUCGUUUCUCCACAACCUAUGACUUACGCUAUAGACAACAGGCAAUCCCAAGACGUUUUACCAUCGCAAGGUUUUGAAAUAACCUCCACAAACCACCACGCCGACAUUUCCCCGGAGGAUUUAAUCCCCGGGCAACAAGUGACGAGAAAAAUCGUACACCAACAAACCGUAUUAGUCCCGAAUCCUUAUUAUGGACUAUCAAAUCAGUACUCUCAACCACUACCAGUCUAUCCAAAUUAUCCACUGAACGAACAGCCCACUCAAGAUAGAACGUAUUUGAACAAUCUGGAGAAACAAACUAUCACAAACGUGAGAAACAUUAUAAGCAAUUCACAGGCUCAAACUUAUCCGACUUACUACGCCCCUAUUCAAGGAAACCCUAACAACCAACCCUCUUACGGGUACAUAAUUCCUAUAAGAAACACCCCCGGUCAGGAACCCUCCGGAUUACUAACCCAAUUACCUAGCGGUGCAAUUCCAUCUGGUAAUCCGGAAACCGCCAGACAGAACUGGAAUUGGCCAGGGGCGGAUUACUUCCCGAUAUUCAUCAAAGAUCCUUUCCUUCAAAUGUACAAUGCCGUUACAACCAUGGUAGAGUACGGUCCUAACGCUGGCAGUCAAAACCCUUGCUCGAGCGGCAACAGAAAACCGCCAAAACAAAAACUGAAAAACGACAAUUUGCUCAGAGAAGGGAAAACAUCGGAACAGGACACCAAAAUAAGCGUAGAAUUAGACGGAAAAGGAGGCUCACCGCAAAUAUCGAUCAACGCUGAUCACAAGAACGGAACCUACUUGGACAUAGAAAACAUAGACAUCGGAGCGUACGGCGACAACAGCCUCAAGUUCACUUUAAACCUGAAGAACGAGAAUCCCGAAACCAAAGAAGACGUCGGAACCGGCAGGACGUCCUGGGACAAAGUCAAAGUAGCCGGCAAAUCCAACUCGUUGGUGUUGAAUCCGGCGUACAAUUCGUCCAGAACGAGCAGCAAAUUCUCGGAUUUCCAAAAGGAAUUGAGACCGUUGAGCGUGAUCAGGGGCUCGUUGCCUUCGAAACAAAGCUCCUCCUCGGCCAUUCUAUCGCCGCCUACCAGAGACCCCAGCCAUCAAACCCAUGAAUUCGGCGACGAAAGCGAAGAGGAAAAGAGCGAGGAGCUGAUAUCCAACGACAACAACAAGAAACUCUUCAGCAGAGACAACACGGGAAGCGGAGUAUUCAUACACAAGCUGAAAGUGAGGAAAGGCGGCGUUGCCAUUGCUGGUCCUGGAGGGAUCGCGACGGCCGGAAGCGGCGGAACCGCCAUUGUGGGGCCCGGCGGGAUCGCCUACACUCAACCGGAUAGUUUGGCAAUCGCCGGUUCCGGUACUAAAGUCGUCGCAGUCGAUCCUACUAUCAAUUUGGGGGAGCUGGCUAACAACACGAGUUUGCUGGCUAAUAGAACUAGAUAUGAUUUUCCGCCAUCGCGGAUUGCGAAGGAAGAGAACCCGCCCAUCGACAACACCAUAACCCAGAGAACCGAAACUAUCGAAGAAGCGCCCGACAACAGUAAACUUAUCGCAUCGAACCCUCCAUCGUUGGCACCGUACAGGUUCCACCCGCUAUUUAAUUACUUGAAAAACGGUCACACCAUCAGCAAAGACAACGUGAUAAAAUUCAGAGGCCCCGAAAGCGAAGAGAACAAAGAUGUAACUACGUUGAUUCUGAAACCUGUGGCGAGAUCUGUUGCUGGGGUUGAGGGUAGGGCGAUGGCUACGCCGGUUUCUAAGGCUAUUUUAAGGAAAGGUAUGAGCGUCGAUAUUCUCUUCGAGCCCGACGCCAUCGCCAUAGCCGGACCUGGAGGAAUCGCUCACGCCGAAAGCGAUUUGGAAAUUAGUUAUGAAGACGAUUGA